AUGAACUAUCUUUUCCCCAUAUCUGGGACUCUAUCACUUGCCUCUUCAUUGGUUUCACAAGUACAUGAUGCUGCAAUGGCAGCUGAAGCUGGUGCAAAUUUUAUUGGAAUGAUCAUGUGGCCUAACUCAGAGCGUUCAGUUUCGCUUUCUAUUGCAAUGGACAUAUCAAAAGUUGCAAGGGAUUAUGGAGCAGAGCCUGUGGGUGUAUUUGUGGAUGAUGAUUCAGAAACAAUUUUAAGAGCUUCUGAUGCAGCAAACCUUGAAUUUGUGCAGCUUCAUGGACAAGGAUCUCGGUUAGCUUUUCCAUCUUUAGUUCAGGAAAAUCGUGUAAUAUAUGUUCUCCAUGCAAAUGAGGACGGGAGCCUUUUAAACAAAAUUUCUGAUGAAGAGUGUUCUCUAGUUGAUUGGGUUCUUGUAGAUAGUGCAAAGGGUGGAAGUGGUAAGGCAUUCAAUUGGGCCCAGUUGAGACUACCAAAAACCAAAAGCAAGUACGGUUGGCUCUUAGCAGGAAUUCGUUUUGAAAACAAAAUUGUAACAAGCCAUCACGAGGAUAUUUCCAAAUCACAACAUUUCUUUCUUGAGAUACAUAAUAAUUUAAGGUGA